AUGGUACAUUUCAUCCCCUGCAAGAAGACUACAGAUGUUGUCAAUGUGGCCUUACUGUAUUUUCGUGAGCCACUUCUAUGGCGCUCGGUAAAUACACAGUUGGACUUCAGCAGUGCAUAUCAUCCUCAGACAGAUGGUCAAACAGAGGUUGUUAACCGUUCCUUGGGUUUUAGUCCGUUCCAGGUGGUGUAUGGCCUUGUUCCUCAUGGUCCUCUUGAUCUGGUUCCAGUUUCUACUUCUGUUAAAAUGCAUGGUAAGGCCAAAGGCUUUAUUCAGCAAUUGCAGCAGGCGAUGUUAACAAAGGAUCGUGUUCCUGCUCAUAAAUACAACAAGCUUACUGCGAAGAAGAUUGGUCCUUUGGAGGUCAUUGAGAAGAUCAAUCCGAAUGCUUACCGUUUGAAGCUGCCCAGCCAUAUUCUUACAUCUGACGUAUUCAAUAUCAAGCAUUUGGUGCCGUUUCGUGGUGAUAAUUCUGAUGAUGAUGAAGCUCCUUUCCUGUCAAAUUUGAGGGAGAAUUUUUCCCACCUUGGGGAGAAUGAUGAAAUGUAUAAGGGAUUUGAGUUUAUGAUUCCACUUGUAUUAAAUAUGAAAAGAAAACAGAAAGAGUUGAAGAUUUUUUUUGUAGCUCCUUUGAUGGGAUCAAAGCUAUAUGUUGACUCAAGGAAUUUUCUCCCUUUAAAAUUCCAUUACUUAAUGUUCUCUUUGUAUAUGACCCUCCUCCUAAUGCAUAAAAAAUUGACGGAAAAAGAAACUUAA